AUGAUCAGUAGCAGUGGUGUUCAUACGAGCGAAAUUGCAGCGCCGCCGCGGAGGGCGGAGGACGACGUCGAACAGAUGGCAGACGUCAGAACCACGGGCACUAGUACUAUGGAACCGGUGGAAGAUGAUCAUCGGAAUCUUACGAAGAUUGACGUUCGGAAACUUGACGCGAACGAUCGGACGCAGUUCGUCGAUCGCUGCUUUGGGGUUGCCCAUGAAGGCAAUGAAACAUUCUUGAAGAAGCUGAGGACACGUUUUGAUCGGGUUGGGGUCCAACUCCCCACGGUGGAAGUAAGAUUUGAGGAACUAGCGGUGGAAGCAAAUUGUUUUGUGGGUAGCCGAGCUCUUCCCACACUACUAAACACCACUCGCAAUGUAUUAGAGUCAGCUCUUGGCUUGCUCGGAUUAAGAUUUGCUAAGAGGUCAAAGCUCACCAUUCUCAACAAUGUAUCCGGCAUUAUAAAACCAUCAAGGUUGACACUUCUGCUGGGUCCUCCCUCGUCUGGGAAGACAACCCUUUUGCAAGCAUUGGCUGGAAAGUUGGACCCAAGUUUAAAGGUCAGUUCAUGGCUCUGUAAUUUUCUAGUACUCAAUCCACGAGAGAAGCCAUCCGCUGGUGUGCUUCUUGUUUCGUUUGGUGUUUUUCAAUGGGGCAUCUUUGGGUGUUUUUCUGUUCUAUUGAUUCUAUUGUGA